ACCCGGAAAUGCACAGAAGCGCUUCUGCCGCGUGCUCCCCGCUUUGAGAAGCCCUCAUUUCCUGACAGUUACAGAGUCUCUGGCUUCCUCGCGCUUUUGGCAAACACUAUUUUCGUUUGAAUUUUUCGUCUCUCCCCUUUUUUCCAUUGGCAUUUUCCGUUCCGCCUGAUUUGACGUAGUCGUAGUUGCUCAAGUAUUUUAUCGAAGUGAAGUCCAAUGUAGGCGUCGUUCAGCUUUCGCCUAUUACACGCAGUACGAGCUCAGCGGUGUGUGUGUGUGUGUGUGUGUGUGUGUACGCGCGCGCGCGCGUGUAUGUGUGUGUAAGGAGGCGGCAUGGAGGUUUUGUGGCUCCUGCCGCUGCUCGUCGUGCCUGUCCUGUUUUGGACCAGCACCACGUUCGUUUUCUAUUUCAAAAAAUGUUUCUACGUGGCUUAUAUGAUGCUGUUGGCCAUGAUCGCUAUUCCCAUUUGUAUCCUGAAAAGCGGCGGACGGGACGUCGAGAAUAUGCGGAUCAUUCGCUUCAUAGUGCGCCAUGUGAAGUACUUCCUGGGUCUACGCUUUGAGAUCAGUGGCUGGGAGCACCUGCAGACUGAGGGGCCUUACGUCAUCAUCUCCAACCACCAGUCAUCUCUUGAUGUGCUGGGCCUGAUGGAGGUUUUGCCUGAUCGCUGCACCACUAUUGCCAAGAAGGAGCUGCUGUGGGCAGGAACAGUGGGCAUGGUGUGCUGGUUGGGGGGCAUCGUGUUCAUCAACCGCAAGAAAACUAGUGAUGCUAAGAGUGUCAUGGCCGACACUGCCAAGAUCAUGCUGCACGACAAGAUCCGCCUGUGGGUGUUUCCUGAAGGAACACGGAAUCAGAAAGGUGACAUUCUGCCAUUUAAGAAGGGCGCAUUCCACCUGGCAGUGCAGGCCCAGGCACCCAUCAUCCCUAUUGUGUUCUCCUCCUAUAGCAACUUCUACCUAAGGAAGGAGAAAGAGUUCAAAUCAGGAACGAUCACUCUGAAGAUCCUCCCCAAAAUUGAGACAAAAGGCUUGACGUCAGACGAUGUGUCGUCACUUUGUGACCGGUCGUACGCCGUGAUGCGUGCUGCCUUCCUGGAAAUCUCGGGCCAAUCAUCUCAGUCCAAUGGGCCGUCCAGUCACUGAGCAUUUCGGUGACUCCAUCUACUGUUUCUCUCUCAUUGCGUCUCAUAGCCGCAAUGCUCUCUGACGGCUUGAGACUUUGCAGUCGUGGUGAUUGACAGUAGCUGUGGCAACUAGACACUUCCAGUAUCUUUUUUCAGUGUCCAUAUAAAGCCACAUUACACACACACACACACACCCACACACACAUAUAUAUAUGCCUAUAUAUACACACAUACACUCAAUACACUCUGGUCUCUCAUUGGGACUUUUGGAAGUGCAUGGGUGUGGAGUUAACUGAGGGCAACAAUCUUUGACCUUGCCCAUUGAAGACAGUCUGUUUGGAGCAUUUUUUUCAAUAGGUUUAUUUCAGAAAGGAAAUUUCUUGUGGAUGUGCAUUUAUCAUGCAUGCCUUUGGACGCUUUGUCUCUCCUCUUCGCUUUUUAGAUCCUGGACAAUUUGUCUUUUUUUUUUUUUUUUUUUUUUUUUAAAAUACAUUUUUCGCCUCUUCCCUGAUAAUCAUUUACUUGUCGCUGAUCUUUUAGGUCUUCCCAUGUUCUUUUAAAUCAUUUUUCAUCUUGUUUUGGUUCAUAUUUUAUUGUCUUUUGCCAUCAGUCCUGCCUUAAGACCCAGCCAAUUAAACGUGUACUUUAAGUGCAGCUACCACCAGUGGCAAACUUCCACCAUUCCAAGUCCUACCCCAUAAAGCAGAAGUUGGCAGUUUGGGAGGAAUUUUUCACUUGAUUGUACUCAGUGUUGCUAACUAUUAUUUUCCCUUAAGCCUUAUCAUUGGAGUUUGCACGUUAAAAAAAAAAGCCUUUCUGUUUAUUAGCUUUAUUUAUUUUGUAUUUCUGCCUUUUUACCUUUUGUCUCUUGUUUUGGAAGAGUUUAGCUGUAAAUUUCAAAGAUAAUUUCAUGAAGUGCAGUGUUGGAUUGUACUAGGGAUACUGGCUACUGAAAAAAAAAGUAAAUGAAAUACAGCCUAUUAAAACGUAGUAUUUAAUAAUUUAUUUUACUUGGGAAUUAGAAAUAGCUAUUUGUGGUGCUGUUUGCUUUGCUGUGAUGAGUUUAAUCUGCGUCAUAAACUUAUUCAGUGCUGCCAGAUUAAACAGUAUCCACCACAAUCUGGCUUUUUUUAUAUAUAUAUUCGCCUUCAGUUAAAACAGCCUUGGACUGUUCGUUGCAUUUCAAAGUAACAUUUUCAGGACAGGCUCUUAGCAUCUACCUAAUGGUGCAUUCAAUCUGGCACAUUGAACUUGUAGGCAAGUCGUUACAUAAGACAUUUGUAGCGAUUAGCACCAGACACGUGCUAUCUUCAUGCAUGCGUAUGCUACGUAAACCUUACGGCUUGAUCUGUACUACAUGUGUCUGGAUAAUUACAAAACUUUUGGUAUUCAUGUUUUGUAAUCACUGCUAAAUUAACGUGCUACCUGCUAUGAAAAUAACAGUUUGAUUUUUUAAAAUAACCCUUCGGUUAAUAUUUAUUCAGAUGUGUAAUUUAAAAAAAAAAAAUUAUUUGUUGUAUUGGUACAAUCACGUAAUGUACCAAAACAAAUGCUAUAAACUGUUUUUGUGCCAUGUGUGUAAAGUUUCUCAGCUACCAGUUACAGCACUGUGAGUCAAUUAAUGAGCAGUGAUGGAUGAGAGUAUUGAUGGGGAGGCGGGGGUAAUACCCUGCUGUGACAUUGUUUUGAUUUGUUUUCUGCAAAACAUCACUUUGCCUAAUACUGGCUUAGUUUAUUUUGAGUAAGAAUGCAGUUUACAAAUAACCAAAUUUAAAGUGUACCUUACUAAAUUGACUUAUUCCAUACUGACUGGGGGAUGCAAAAAAAUGAUAUGAUUAAAACAUUUUUUUUUUCUUGAAAGUGUAACAGGUACUUUUGAAAAGCAUUUUUGAAAAAGUAGCUGAACAGUCAACAUUCUGAAAACCACAGAAAAAAUAUUUGAACUUGUUCUUUGUUUAUCUCUUUUUACUGAUAUAUUUGACACAUUUUAAUUGUGCUUAAUGUUGUUGAACCUAGGCAUUUCCGUACCUGUUUUUCCAUUCAUUUGAGUUGAAAUAAAUAUUUAUUUCAUUGGGAACGCCAAGCGGUUGUUAAGGUUUUUUUUUUUUUCUUCCCUAGAUCCUCCGCUAAUGCAGCUGUGAUCCACAAAUCUCAUUUGCAACUAAAAAUAAAAAGCAGUAAACAAACAAUCUCAAAUGCUUUAACAUACACUAUAUGGCCAAAAGUAUGUGGACACUUGACCCUCACAGCCAUAGGUGGGCCUUCCCCAAACGGUUGCCACAAAGUUGGAAGCACGCAAUUGUCUACAAUAUAUUUGUGUGCUGUAGCUUUACAAUUUCCCUUCAGUGGAACUAAGGGGCCCAAACAUGUUCUAGCAUGACGGUGCCCCUGUGCGCAAAGCAAGCUCCAUGAAGACAUGGUUUGCCAAGGUUGGAGUGGCCUACACAGAGCCCUCACCUCAACUCCACUGAACACGUUUGGGAUGAAUUGGGAUGAAUUGCAAUGCAGACAGCACACCAGGUCUUCUUGCCUGUCAUGAUUGCCUGACCUCACUAAUGCUCUUGUGGCUGAAUGGGCAAAACCCCACAGCCACACCAAAAUUUAGUGGAAAGCUUUCCCAGAAGAGAGGAGGUUAUUAUAACACCAAGGGGGGCCACAUACACUCACUGAGCACUUUAUUAGAACACUAUACUAAUACUGGGUAGGGCCUCCUUUUGCUCUCAGCCUCAGUUCUUCGUGGCAUAGAUUUCACAAGAUGUUGGAAACAUUCCUUUGAGAUUCUGGUGCAUGUAGACAUGAUUGCAUGACGUACUUUUGCUUUGUGACAUGGUGCAUUAUCAUGCUGGAAGUAGACAUUAGAAGAUGGGUAAAUUGUGGCCAUGAAGGGAUGCACAUGGUUAGCAACAAUACUCAAACAGGCUGUGGCAUUCAAGUGAUGGUUAAUCGGUAUUAACGGGCCCAAAGUGUGACAAGAAACCAUUCCCACACCAUUACACCACCUCCACCAGCCUGGACUGUUGACACAAGGCAGGUUGGGUCCAUGGGUUCAUGCCGUUUGUGCCAAAUUCUGACCCUACCAUUUGUGUGCCUCAGCAGAAAUCAAGAUUCAUCAAACCAGGCACCAUUUUUCCAGUCUUCAACAGUCCAGUUUUGGUGAGCAUGUUCCACCAGAAGUGGAACCUGACAUGGUCUUCUGCUAUUGUAGCCCAUCUGCCUCAAGGUUCAACGUGAUGUGCCUUCUGAGAUGCUGCUCACCACAAUUGUACAGAGUGGUUACCUGAGUUGUAGCCUUUCUGCCAACUCAAACCAGUCUGGCCAUUCUUCGUUGACCUCUCUCAACAAGGCAUUUUCUUCUGCAGAACUGCCGCACACUCAAUGUUUUUUCUUUAGUGUACCAUUCUGAGUAAACUAUUGUGCCUGAAAAUCCCAGGAGAUCAGCAGUUAUAGAAAUAUCCAAACCAGCCUGUCUGGCACCAACAAUCAUGCCACUGUCCAAAACUGAGAUCACAUUUUUCCCCAUUCUGAUGGUUGACAUGAACAUUACCUGAAGCUGCUGGAUCAUAUCUGCAUGAUUUUAUGCAUUACACUGCUGCCAUAUGAUUGGCUGAUCAGAUAAUUGCAUGAAUGUGUAGGAGUACAGGUGUUCCUAAUAAAGGGCUUGGUGAGUGUACUUUAGGUCAUAUAGUGUACAUUUCCAAAUUGCAUCAAAUGCAGCUGAUAAGUCUUUGGAUGUCUAACAUCCAAAUUUUGUUUACUUCUUUUUCUCUCUUCUUUUGCCCUGGGCUACAAAGCUAAUGUAGCUAACACUAACGGAGGAUUGUCUACUGCUCAAAAAUGACUGCCAAUACUUCAGUUAUGAGAUGUGCUUUUGUUCAUUUUUAGAGAUAACUGUCUGUGACAGGUUGAUUUGAACAACUUGAUGUGUAUGUGAACAAAUAUAUGAAGCAAAAUUCAGUACACAGAAUAUGACUUGGUUGAGACAUAUUUGAGACAAGAGAAAAAUGGUUUCCCCCUAAAUCAUUCCCUUAAACAUGUAACGUAGUAAAUAUUCGUUAUACCUGUUAAGUAAAAUAACCAAACCGAAUGUCAAAACUACCAAACUGAAUGUGACACACCACUCUGAGAGGCAUGUAAGGUAUCCUUAUUUAAACCUGACUCUUAAAGGAAAUAUAGAAAUGCAUGUUUUAUUUAAAAUAGAGUAUAUUCUCAGUGAUCCAUAUAAUAACAUGUACACUAGUGAUUGUAUUUAAUGUGCAGAAAAUAAUGCGUUUUAAUGAGUAUGAUACCUUUAUGAACUCUGACUUAAAAGUGAAAAAUAAUCUAAUAAUACAGAAUCCACACUAAUUGGGAUAUCAAUUAAAUAUUAAACUUAAAUAUCAUUAAUAAUAAAUAUAAUUAUUCAGAUUGCAUUAAAGCACUUUAAAUGUUGAGCUAUUUGAUUUGUUUGGAAUCUGUUGUUCAGUCUUUUUGGGGAAUUUUUGUUUUUUGGUUAAUUUUUUUCAUUUCACCAAAGCUAUUCAUUGUUAAAAACUGGUGGUAGUUAUAAAUGCUGUUUAUUGCAUUAAAGCAAACAAGUCUUUCCA